AAACUUUCCUCUGCCGCAGAGCACGACGCAAGGACGAGCGAGUAUACCUGAGCCGUGCAUUUCGAAGGCACUGCUUGGAGAAACCUUUCUCUAGACUAAUACGCCACCGCACGUUCCUCCCUCUCCCUCCCUCCCUCUCUCUCUCUCUCUUUUUCUCUUUUGCUCGCUCUCUCUCAAAAGUCUCGUCCGACCAGACCCGUAACCUUAACCUUUGUCCUGUAACUGUUUCCUAGCCCCCCUCCCCCACCCACCCCAUCCCCAAACCCCCCCUUCUGUUUGUGUCUGUUAACCCAUCCUAUUCGCACCUUCCCGGCAUUCCUUUGUUUACCCGAACUCAGCUUUUGAGUGUCUGUCCAGUUUGAAGACGAAGUUUAGUGUCGACUGAGAGUUCUAUAUCAGUUUCAUUUGUUUUGUUACUUGCUUAGUGUUUCAUGUCUACUCAAAAGCACCUGCAAGGAAUGGUAAACCUGACAGCGCAAGGGAUCUCUGCCCAGAGAGUCCUGGUGACAGCCCUGGUCAUCAUCAGCCUGUUUCUGGUCUCGGGCACGUCGGCCAGGUACCUAGAUGACGAAUGCCCUGGUGUCAUGGGCAACAGGGACCUAUACGAGAAGGUCGUCAGGGUAUGCGACGAUUGUUCCAACAUCUUCCGUAUGAAUGAUAUGGGCACCAGAUGCAGGAAGGACUGUUUCUACAACGUGGACUUCUUGUGGUGCGUCUACGCCACGGAACGUCACGGCGACGUGGAACAGCUCAACAGAUGGAUGAGCAUCCUACGAGCCGGGAGAAAAUGAAAAACACGCCCUCCAACUGAAAUAUCCUCUAAAAUAAGCUCCAGGACCACACGCCAGAAUAUACUCCAUGUUUUCAAGUGAUACCGAUACAUUGUGAACAUGACAUAUCAGCCGGAAGAAAAAAAAAAAAAAAGAACAUCAGCUUAGAUAUGGAAACUAACAUCAGCAGUCAUCUUGUUUUUCCCAGUGUAUUCUUAAAUGAAUAUCAUUCUGCUUUAUUUUAUUUUUCUCAAAUGAUUUCGUAAUUCACAUUCCACGCCUGUCAGCAAUGUUACUGUUGAGUCAAGGUUAUUCAAUAGGUUCGGUGAAGUUUAAGUAUAGCUCCUCUGCUUUCCUACGUUAUCAGAUAACCAACUUUUUUUUUUAAUCCAUAUAUCCCAAUCAUAAAUUUCAUUAAAUUUAACACCAGCCAAAAUUAUAAAUCAUUUUGAAUAUCUGUGAUUCUCCAAGACAGAUGAAGGACCAGCCUUCAUUUUUUUAGCACUAUCCCAAAUGACCAGGUAACUAGAUGCCAGCUGAUUAUUUUUUAAAGUCCUCUUGGAACAUAAGAAACAAAUUCGCAUCACACUUGAAUAAUCACGUUCAAUAUCUCCUCAAUAUCUCUCAUCAUUUGAGGUCUCAACCACCAUCCCCAGUUCAUUACCAUUAGCAGUAUUUUUUGCCAAACCGCGCAAUUCUUAGUUUUUAGGCUUCUUAGUUAUUUAGUUGACUCUGCGGAGAUGAGCAGCCUCCCUUUAUUACUUCUUAACUUCCUGCUGCCACCGUUUAGAAAUCACAUCUUCGUUCCUGUAUCCUCAUUCCUGAAAUUGACCCUUUUUCAACCAGAGGGUCAAAAUAAGGACUAUAUUUUCUGAUAUCUGUUCUAAGAAACCACAAACCUGAAAUCAUUGUGAUUCUGAUAACCUUCCUCCAGAAUUUCACUUCUAACAAAUAAGGAAGCCAAAGCCCUAAGUGUCUUUCAUUCUGUCUCCCUAUUGUUUUUUGACACGUAAUCUCCUUUAUUUUUCAGCCUUCCCUUUCAGUAUCAUCAUUAUCAACGUGAAAAAGAAUUUCUAAAGUAAUUUUAUUGGUGGAAAUGGAAUUCAUCAUGAACGACUGAGUAGAUCAUUUCAGAACCUGACUGAUGAUCGAUCAAGUGAUGCUACAUCAAUUUUUUUUUUGUCAAAGAUUCAUCGUAUUUCCUGGCUUGAUCGUUUAUAUAUUAUUAUAGCAUUGGUUUUAUAACUUCGUCAAUUCGUAUUUAUUUAUUAAAACUAUUUAUUUUGUCUUUUGUUUUCAUGUAAUGAUGCGAACUUACCUCAUUCAAUGAUAUUAUAGGAUAUUCCUUCAGGACUUCCUUUAAGGACAUUCUUUUAGUGAUAGGAAUUUCUCUCCGCUUUCUCCUUCUUCUUCCAUUUCCUUUUUGGAUAUGAGCUUUGUAUGUUUCAGUCUUCUCAUCUCGACGAAUUGACACAUGUAAUCUGAUUUUGUACCCCAUUUCAACAACGUGUGAUCCUACCAUCAGCUUACUCGGGACCCGUGCAAGAUUUUCCCCUCACUCAUAAGUUAUAAACAUUAUAUUCCUAAAUUUUAAUGUAAAUCAAAACAUGCUAAAAUCUAUGGUCAAAUAGAGCCUUGUUUCACCAACGAAAAUUAAAAUAAAUACGAAAUAAUUUUUCUAUACUGUUUAACAUGCGCAUUAGUUAUUUUUUUUAUUUUCAUUCUAAUAAAUAGAUCGCAAAUAUCCUGUCCUGAAAUUCCUGUAUCUUUAUCGCAAUGCGAAACACAUUUUACGGACCUUUUUAGGCCCUUCCAUAGACCUCUCCUUCCCCCACCCCUCACAACGGCAACACCAAAGCAGUUAUAGUAGAUUCACAUCAAUGGAUUUGAUGUAUAGGCCUGUCCCUUACGACGCUCCUGAUUGGCUGUUGAUAAGCCAAUCACAGGGCAGGAAACUCUUUCUCUCUCGAGAAUUCACGUAGACAGAAUGUAUGCUCCACCUCUCCUCUUCUCCUUCUUCAAAAUCGAGCUGAGAAGACUCCGGAAACAUUUCAUUUGCUCCUUCGUCUCGUUCUUGCCAUUUCCUUCUCUGAAACCCACAUUGAUGAUCUCAUUUGGAAGGGGGGACGCUUUUAUUUCUAACCAACAGUUGUAAAACAUGUUCCCCCUUCAAUUAUUCGAUAACCAAAUGUAUAUUAUUUAUAUAUUUUUGUACGAUGCGCUGAAUGCAGGCGACACCGAAUUGUUAAUUUAUUACUCGUUCUAGUUAUUACCAUACAUUUUAGUUAUUAUUCAGUAGACGUUUGUCCUGUUAAGAUAAUGAUAAUAUAAGUUGUUGGUGCCAUGAUAAUUGUUUGUUUACGUUUUCUUUCUCUUCUUUGGCCAAAGAAGAGGCUGGAGAAUUUGUUGUAUGAAUGAGGUAUUUCAGAAUUAUUAGUAUUAUUAUUAACACAAUCACUUAGUCAGUCAUUCAGUUGUUGUUAGCAUAUUUAUUUACUCAUUUAUUUAUCAUCUAUCCUCUGUCCAUCUACCUACAUUUCCAUCAGGUGCUAGGGUCAAUCAUGAGUGGAAUAAACUAGUUUAGAGUCUUUGAUUAACACUCGCAUUUAUUUUUAGUCACUUGGAUGAGUUUGUAACACUUUGGAAGAAGUUGAGAAAAAUUGAGUUUGAGAAGGAAUAUUCGCUUGUUUGUCAUUUUUACAUCAUUUGCAUCUAUUUUAGGAUUAUUUUUGGCAAAGCAUAGUUCAAACGGGACAGGUCCUCUUGUUUAUGCCCUUAUUUAUAUAUAUGUUUA